AUGUCUACCAAACCGCGCUCCGCUAUUUCUGUUGAACAGAAGAAAGCGAUACGAGCAUACAAGCGAGACAAUCCUACCAAAAGCAACAUUUUCAUCAGCAAUUGGUUUAAAAGCACCUUCCAGCGACCUAUCGCGCUUUCCUCCGUUUCCGAGAUCCUUUCAAAGAGGUACGCCUUCCUCGAUGAGCAGCACCAGCGACAACUAGCCCAGCAACGUAACCGACGUGAACAUUGGCCAGAGCUCGAGGACGUUCUAUUUCAGUGGAUACAGCGCGCAGAGCAACAUAUCACUAUUACCAGUGCUACGCUCCGUGAGAAAGCAGAGUUCUUUUGGAAGAAAUUGCCAAAUUAUAAAGACCUAGAGAUGCCUACUUUUAGUAAUGGCUGGCUACAAGGCUUCCAGCAACGCCGCGGUAUCAAAAGCUUUAAGCAAUUUGGUGAGCUUGCUAGCGUAGCAAAUGCUGAAGAUGAGAUGGACUCUAUUCGACAAGCUCUAGCGGGGUUUCAGCCACAGGAUAUAUUCAAUUGUGAUGAAACUGGGCUAUUUUGGAAACUGACACCUGAUCGAAGCCUUUCUACACGCUCUUUACCCGGUCGGCGUAAACAGAAAGCGCGUAUAACCAUCCAUUUUUGCACCAAUGCCGAUGGAUCUGAGAAAUUACCUUUAUGGAUAAUUGGGCGAGCUGCAAAGCCACGAGCUUUCCAAGCUCUUGAUGUCUAUUGGCGGUCUAAUCAGACUGCUUGGAUGACUGCCUAUAUUAUGAAAGAGUGGCUUUAUUGGUUUGAUCAACGUAUGACUGGGCGAAAAGUUGUCCUUUCAAUGGAUAAUUUCUCUGCCCAUGAAGCUGCAGUAAAUCUGAUAAAACACUCUCAGAUUCCUCUACAGAAUACCUUGAUAAUAUGGCUUCCACCAAACACGACCAGUAAAUACCAACCUUUAGAUCAAGGUAUUAUUAAUGCUUGGAAGGUCUAUUGGCGCAAAGAAUGGGUCCGCUAUAUGCUUUGGGAAUAUGAAGCUGGAAGGGAUCCUUCAGCAACAGUGGAUAUCUUAAAAGCUAUACGCUGGGCUCUUAAGGCAUGGGAAUUCGAUAUUAAUGCCUCGGUAAUCACCAAUUGUUUUCGCAAAGGUCUAUAUGGUUCAAAGGACCAAGCGGAUACUCCGCUAGUACACCAAGAUAUAUCGAGGGAUAUCGAACGCCUUCCAAUCCGUGAUAUGAUGGAUAUUAGCCAAUUCUUAAACCCAGUGGAUGAAGAGGUUAUUGAUUCACAUGACACGAUUGAAGAGCUUAUUCUAUCCCAGUUCCAAGGGCCUCAAACAGAGGAUAUUGAGGAGGAAGACACUGGGCAGGAGAUUGAAAUGCAGCCGCCGAUCACGCUACCCGUGGCACUCUCCGCGAUCCGAGACCUUAUCUCUUUCCACGAGCAGCAGGAAACACCUGAUGUAGCGUAUAUUAGGUGCCUACGGCGAGAUGAGAUCGAGAUGCAGAGGAAAGAAGUCGAAAACAGAAAACAGAGCGAUAUUCGGGGGUAUUUUCGUGUAUAA